AUGCCUCACGCCAUGCCAGCGCCUGGCUUCCAGGCCAUAAUUCUUUGUGGUCCAGGAUCGUCUUUCCCUACUUUUACCUCAAAUCCAGAUAAGAACCCAAAGGCUUUAAUACCCAUAGCAAAUCGCCCCAUGGUGUGGUACCCUAUCGAUUUCUGUUAUCGAAUGGGCGUUACCAAUAUCACUCUCAUUACACCACCUUCUUCAGAGGAAGCUAUUAAAACAGCAUUGGCUACCAAUCCGCAUUUGACAAGUUUGCCAUUGCCAAAACCUGAUUUAUUAGCACCCGAAGAAUUAGAUCAAACCACAGGUACUGCACAAAUCUUUCGAUUGCCUGAAGUACGGAACAUCAUCAAGGGUGAUUUCAUAGUGCUUCCCUGUGAUUUGGUUUGUGAGCUCGGCGGCGAAUCUUUGAUAGAAUCAUGGAUGGUAAAGGAGGGAGGCUUGGGUGGAGCAACGGGAGGAGAUCACGAGGGUCCAAAAAUGGCACUUGGUGGUGAACGAGGCGGAAGACGUGGUGGACUUGGAGUGUGGUACGAAACCAAGAGCGAAACGCCAAUCAAGGGCGAAGAAACUGAUUUCAUUGCAAUUUCGCCCCUCGCCGCCACCUCUGUCCCACCUUCGAAAUCAUCUUUGAUUCCUCACGUCUCAAAUUUGCUCUACUCUGUCCCUACAGAUACCUUGAAGGAUAUAGUUGAAGAUAAAAAAGGGCUACCAAUUCGUCAUGCCCUGGUACGCAGCCAUUCCCGUAUUCGAAUGCUCAGUUCCCAUCGAGAUGCGCAUAUCUAUAUUUUUCCAGCCUGGGUACUUGAUAUGAUCAGCGCAAACGAGCACAUGGACAAUAUUGGUGAAGAUGUUAUUGGAUGGUGGUCAAAAGCGGGAUGGCAACAAGGUCUAGGUGAUAAGUUGGGCUUGCGGGAUAUUUUUGAGAAAACAAGACCCGAUGAGUCCGACGACAAUAUGCUUGAUAAUGGCCCAGCAAGUGACGAUGUCGAUUACGGUAAUCUGAGCUCAACUUGGACUUCUAAACUUGAGAAUCCUUCAUCAAAGAAAUCGUCAGAUAAUUCGACCGCUAGCGAUAAAUCAAACUUGGCUAUUCCUCCAAUUCUAGCCUACAUUCAUCCUUCAAAGCCCACAGGAGAAGUUCCUCCACUAAUCAUCCGACGAGUAGAUACAGCUCCUAUCCUUCUUAAUGUAUCCCUCCAGCUCGCCAAAAUUGAAGCUAUCGAUCAAGUUGGCCGUGAUGCCGCUUCUCCUUUCGCCCAUAACAGCAAAAUAGCUUGGCCAGAAGGAAUCGCACAGAAAACUACGGUACGACCAGAUUGUCUUUUGGCGGAAAAUGUAAUUGUCGAAGAGAAGUGCAUUAUCAAGGAAUGCGUCAUUGGUGCAAAUUGUCAAAUCAAAACUGGAGCAAGAUUAACUCGUUGUGUAUUGAUGGAUGGAGUUACCGUAGGAUCAUCAUGCACAUUAACGGAUUGCGUGCUAGGAAAGGGCAGUGUGAUUGGAGAUAAAUCAGAGUUACAAGACUGUGAAGUUCAGGAGGAGUUUGACGUUGACCCCGGGACAAACAAGAAGAAAGACAGACUCAUGAGUGCUGCAGGUUUGGGUGUAGCCACCGAAGAUGAAAUUCAAGAGUUCAAUCAACAUGAUUCCGAUGAAUCAGAAUCAGAUUAG